CAAUCCUUGCGGGGCAUGUUUAACUUUGCUUGUCGGGUCAUCCCGAUGGGCAGGGUUUUCUGCCGGAAGCUGGAAAGAGCAACCGCGGGGUGUGCCAGGCCGCACCACUUUGUACGGUUGUCGGCCGAGAUAAAAAGAGAUCUGGCAGUGUGGGCCUCGUUCCUGGAAGAUUUUAACGGGGUUCGAAUAUGGCAGGCACCGACGGUAGAUAGCGCCAGAUUGCAGCUUUUCACCGACGCGGCAGGGGCAUCCGGUUUUGGGUGCUAUCUGGAGGGAUCUUGGUGCGCGGCAUCGUGGCCAGCGGAAUGGCACCAGGCGGGUCUCACUAGGGACCUACUGCUCCUGGAGCUUUUUCCCAUCAUGGUUGCGCUGGAGAUCUGGGGCGAGAGGCUAGCGCAUCGCAGCAUCCUGUUCAGAUGCGACAAUCUGGGCGUGGUGCACGCGAUUAACAACCAGAGGGCUAAAUCGCUGGUGGUGCUGCGGGUGCUAGGGCAGUUGCUGCUUACUUGUCUGCGCAGGAACGUGUGGUUCCGUGCGCAGCAUGUGCCGGGUCUGGAGAACGGGGUCGCUGAUGCGCUAUCGCGAGGGCAUUGGGAUAGGUUUUACUUGUUGGCUCCCGAGGCCGAUCAACGGGGUUUUCAUUGUCCCGGUUAUGUCUGGCAGGUCAUCGAGCCGGACUGGAAGGUCUAGCACUGCGAUCGGUCGCGCCAUCCACGCUUAAGGCUUACGAACAGGCCUGGAGCGAAUGGGAAGAAUUUGCUAGAGGACGGAAGCAACGAGGUAAGAGCGGGCAUCGGAUGAUGCUUUCUUUUAUUUGGCAGCUUUAUGUUUCGGGGCGCAUUAAAGGAGAAACUUUGUUUGAUAUUAGCCUCGGAUCCAUCGUUCAUCAACUUUUUGAUAUCACAGAUUUUUUUAAAGAGAUCAUUAUACUAAAAUUAAGAGAGUCAUGUAUUAUGGAACUCAACAAAUGGGUGAAAACCCGCACUGGGGCUUUCAGUUGGACUCAUGCAUGUCAGGCUCUUACCGAGCUGGGCGACAUCAGUGACCCAGAAGAAGUACAGGAAGAAAAGUUAAAGGAAACAAUUAAACGCAUUGUGAAAAUUGACUUCAGAAAAGAAAAUCUCACUGAUCCAGAGGUGUUGCCACCAGCCGACUGUAUACUCACAGCGUGGGUGCUGGACGUGGUUAGUCAUGACAAACAAGAUUACAUCAGAAACCUGAGGAAGAUGUCAAAGCUGCUUAAGCCUGGUGGACACUUAAUUUUAAUUGCAUGCAUAAAUAUCACUUAUUACACUGCUGGUAAUGAAAGGCUACAUGCAUUGAAUUAUGAUGAGAGUUUUGUAAAAAAGACCCUCACUGAUGAAGGAUAUGAAAUUGAGUCCUGUGAGUUGCUUGAUAGAAAAGUAGAGAAUGAUUUUACAGAUUAUAAGAAACUUAUGGUCCUAACUGCUGUCAAAGGGAAUAUUAAGAAUGUCUAA